AUGGCUCCCAGCAACCUGAUGAACAUGACCAACUUGGUGGUAUUCGUCGCUAUUUCCGUCUUCAUCCUCUGGCUUUCUUCCAAAAUGGUGGCAGCUCAACCAGGUCCUAUACCGUUUCCGCCAUUAAAACCGCUUCCCCCGAAACCUCAACCAACUCCUAUAGUCUUUCCGCCUUUGAAACCGAAGCCCCCAAAGCCUCGAGUUGUUAAAUGUAGAUUGAUAGAGUUUCCUAAAUGCUUCAAUAUUCCAUUUCUCUGCCCCUUGGAAUGCCUCACAAACUGUUUUGUAGACUGUGGCACCUGCAAGCCAGUUUGCAGCUGCAAUUUUCCAGGUGCUGUUUGCCAGGAUCCUCGGUUUGUCGGUGGUGAUGGCAACACUUUCUACUUCCAUGGUCGCAAAGAUGAAGACUUUUGCCUUAUCACAGACACCAAUCUUCAUGUCAAUGGCCAUUUCAUAGGCAAGAGGAAUCCAUCUUUGCGCAGGGAUUUCACUUGGGUUCAGGCCAUUGGAGUAAUGUUUGACAAUCACAGGAUUCUUGUUGCAGCAAAACGAACAUCAAUCUGGGAUGAUUCAGUUGACCGUUUGGCUAUAUCCUUUGAUGGGAAUCCCAUUAUUCUUCCAACCAAUGAAGGUUCCAAAUGGGGGUUUUCGGAUGUUUCCAACGUUAUCAUCACCCGAACUACUAAUACAAAUGGAGUUAGAGUUGAAGUCCUAAACAAUUUCAGAAUCACUGCAGCUGUUGUCCCAAUAACUGCUGAAGAAUCCAGAGUUCAUGGCUACAACAUUACUGAUGAGGAUUGCUUUGCUCAUUUGGAACUUGGAUUUAAGUUCUUCAACAUUAGUGAUGGAGUUCAUGGAGUCCUUGGACAGACUUAUAGGAGCAAUUAUGUCAGUAAGAUGAAACUAAAUGCUGUAAUGCCGGUCAUGGGUGGCGCGCACAAAUAUUUUUCAACCGGGCUCUUUAGCACUGAUUGUGCCGUGUCUCGUUUUGGUGGAAAUGUUGCCCGAAAAGCCGGUGGUGGUUCGGCUGCUCUGCUUCAUCAUCCUGCAGAAUUCCACUGCCACAGUGGAAUGCGAGGAAAUGGAUUGGUUUGCAAAUGA